AUGACAAAGACGCUCACGCUGCCCGGAGUGAUUGAACGAAUUGACAGUCGCGGUUUCAUUCACAUUCUCUUGCCUCAAACUGGCCAUCGUCUGGCGCUUACUCCGCCUGCACCUCCAAAUGGCUUGAACGCUACUGCGACCACAGCUCCCGUCUCCUCAACCUUAACGGCAGUGGCCACUAGCAUGUCAGCCGGUCAUUUGCCCGCGACUACCGAUCGGACUCCUUUGCGGUCAGUGAGGCUGGACACUGAAGCCUACGGCCAGGCUGGACUGCGCCCAUCGAAUCAUCAUCCCCAUCAUCUACAUCAAUUGCUGCAGCAACCGCCUCGUCCAAAUCAGCAUCAGCAUCGUGCUCACCACCAUCAUUGUCACCAACAACAGCAACAUCAACACGGUAGCGCUCGGCCUAUCUUCACAUCAGAUUCUGGUGCAACAAACAGUGGUUUGUCGAGUGACAAUUACCGUUUUGUGACUCACUCAACAAACUCCACUUUCCCUUCUUGCUCUGCGAUCGCAAUGAACACUAAUGGCAGUACCAACCUUGAUGACCUUCUUUUGACCGCCUCAUAUCGAAAUCCAAUGCCUUCUCAGCCUGACGCCUCCACUGGAGAGGCGGAUACACCCCACCAAACUUCCAUUGUGACUGCCUGCUGGGUUGGAGUACAAUAG